AUGAACCUAUUAUCAUCAGAAUUAUUAACUGAAAUUUUUAAAUACGUGUACUUGGAAGGGGACAAACCAACUCUUGUUUCUUGUUGUUCAGUAAAUAGGUGUUGGAGUAACUGCUGUAUAAAUUUUUUAUGGAGAGAACCAUUUGAAUCAAAAGGCAGUAUUAAAAUAUUGAUAAACUGUUUAAUACACUUUUCAGAACCCGGCACUCUUUUAAGAGAAGAUGACGUUCAACUAAACUUCGAGCUGUUAGAAAAACCCCCUCUAUACAAUUACGCAAAAUUCAUUAAAAGGUUGGCCAUUUUUAAGGGACACUUCCAGGGUUUAGUAAAUGAAAACACAAAUUUAUUAAUUAAAAAUUUGGUAAAUCUGAUAUUAAAAUUUGCCAAAAUCAAGGAAAUUUAUUUAGGUGAUUUAAUCCCUUAUCUGUCAAAUAACUUUCAUGAAAAUCCAGAACUUCACUUUGAAUACAUCAAAGAAUUCCAUUACGAUAAUGCAUAUUCUCCCAAGUUAUUGAAAAAGUUUGUUGGAAUUGUUAAUAAAAUUGAAAAAUUAACUGUUGGCAUAAAAGAAAAUGGAGUUGACGAUGGAUUAGGUGAACUGAUAAAUAGGCAAUCUAAAUUAAGAAUAAUGCAUCUUUUUGUAGAAAAAGAUUGCUCUUUAUUUAGAACUACAUUGGAGGCAUUAUUGGGUAAAUCAGGCUCGUUAAUAGAAUUCAAAGGCUAUAUUCACACUAUGGAUGAAAUGUUGAAAGAAGGAGCAGAAUUCACAAACAUGAAAAAAUUGGACCUAUUUAAUCAUUACGAUGAUUGGAAUAUUUCAAUGACUAGUUUCAGGGAUGCUAAAUUUCCACAACUCGAAGAAUUUCAUGUUCAGUUUAACGUAGAAGAUACUAUAGAUGAUCUUAUUUGGUUUAUUAGCAGAAAUGGGUCGAACCUAAAAAUCAUUGUCAUUGAAGGCAAUCCUGACGAAAGUUCAUUUGGGCUUUUUAUCGAAGAAAUCGCAAUAACUUGUCAAAAUUUAAAAUAUUUAUAUUUACCAACUUUGUAUCAUGGUGAUUACCAAGCUUCCUUAGAUCAGUUGUCUGAAAAUUGUGCUGAGCUAAAGAUCGUCACUAAUUUUGUUGUUGAUUACAAAUUAAAUAAUAAAUCAAAAACAAUAAAUGAACUCAAAUUAAAAGCCAACAAAUUAAAAUUAAAAGUUGAUGAAUUAAAUAAUAGGCUAAAUGAAUUAAAAAAAAUAAAUGGCGAAGCGUUAGUUGGAUUGAUUGAUUUAUCAAACAAAUUGUUUAAAGUAUUAAAUAUAAUAAAUAAUUGCAUUUAUUGUGAUAAUAAGUAUGAUGGCUUGCUUAAUAAAUUAAUUGACCUAUUGAAAGAACCCUUAAAUAUUAGUUUAAAAAUAGUAAAAGAAUUAGAUGACCAAUUAAACAGUAAAUAUUGUCGUUAUAAAGAAGGAAAAGAAAGUAUUGAAUUGGCAGAAGACAAACGUCAAGAAAUUAUCACUUCAGAAAAAUAUUUGUCAGAUGAAAAAACUUAUAAACAUCAUCAAGAAUCAUUCUAUAUAAAUCGUCCACUAAAAAAAAUUAUUGAACAAGCUAAUUCAUCAACUAGUUUAGUAGAACAUUUUAAAUUUCAUGUACUUAUUAUGUAUUAUGACAAAAAGAAAAAUAGAAAAUAUUUCACUAAAGACCAAAAUGAUACGUCAGAUG